AUGCUGAAUGGCCGCUGCAACCCCAAAGAGAGCACUUGGGGCAUGACCACCUGCGACCGCUUCCGUGACCGGCAGCAGAACCCAGGUGCACCAGGACAUGCGCUGGCCAUUGUGCUGAUGAAGCACAAGGAGUCCAUCGGCGACUGGGAAAGGCCCUUUGCGCUUUGUCUCCAGCAUCCCCUGAUGCUCAAGAACUACGAUGAGCUCGCCGAUGUGUCCGAGGCCUUGCGCGCGGACCAGGACGAUGCCCAGCGCCUGUCACCGGAGGAACGCAAGGAUUUCCAGCGGCGCCUGGCGGACUGGACCGAGGAGCGUUUCGAGUUGAUGCCCGGCGCCAAGCUCUUACCUCGGGGGCCUGAACUCGGCUGGGCUUUGCGGGGCGAAGAGGAGCCCACGCAGCGCUGA